CACAACAAAAUCCCGGAAGUGUCAGUCUGAAAACAGACCCGUCGCCGUUAGCUAGCUGAGUGUUUCAAAAUCUAUUUGCUAAAUCGUUGCAUUUUAAAGAGUUUAUACAAACGAAAUACUCCUAUUUAUCUUUUAGAAAAUGGGAACCAGAGAUGAUGAAUACGAUUAUCUGUUUAAAGUGGUUCUGAUAGGAGACUCGGGUGUUGGCAAGAGCAACCUGCUCUCUCGUUUCACCCGGAAUGAGUUUAACCUGGAAAGUAAGAGCACCAUUGGAGUGGAGUUUGCCACCCGCAGUAUCCAGGUGGAUGGGAAAACGGUGAAGGCUCAGAUCUGGGACACGGCAGGACAGGAGCGCUACCGGGCUAUCACCUCGGCGUACUACAGAGGCGCGGUGGGAGCCCUGCUGGUCUAUGACAUCGCCAAGCACCUGACCUAUGAAAAUGUGGAGCGGUGGUUGAAAGAGCUGAGAGACCAUGCAGACACCAACAUCGUCAUCAUGCUGGUUGGCAACAAGAGUGACCUGCGUCACCUCCGGGCCGUGCCCACCGACGAGGCUCGGGCUUUCGCAGAGAAAAACGGUUUGUCUUUCCUUGAGACGUCAGCCCUGGAUUCCACCAACGUUGAAACGGCUUUCCAGACCAUUCUGACAGAAAUCUAUCGAAUCGUCUCUCAGAAGCAGAUGUCAGAGCGUCAGGAGAGCGACAUGUCUCCUAGCAACAAUGUGGUCAACAUCCAGGUGCAGCCCACUGAGAACAAACCAAAGAUGCAGUGCUGUCAGAACAUCUAGCCCCGCCCAUGUUACCACUACACCUCUACCCCCUUAUAUACCCUGUACCCCCACCUCUACCCCCUUAUAUACCCUGUACCCCCACCUCUACCCCCUUAUAUACCCUGUACCCCCACCUCUA